AUGUCCAGUGAAGUACAACUCGACAAGGAAGCAAUGGCAAGUGAAUUGCCCUCUGGUUCCGGGGUAGGAUUGGGCCUUCAAUUAGACGAAGAUGCUCCUCGUGGGACAGAGUUGGCGAAAGACGCUCAAGGUAUCGAUUCCGCCGAAGUGACCAAGGAAGUUAGUGAAAAGAACGAUUCCAAGAGUCAAUUAGAGGACGAGAUGGCUACGAAGGAGACGGAAAAUAACGGUAGUGAAGCAGACCCACAGACUACCGCUACCAACGCCGCUGUAGAUGAGCAAGACCAAUCUUUGCAAGAACAGGAAAACAUGGUAACUGGCGCUGAAGAACAGAGUUGCGGACAAGACGAUACGCAGUCUCUGGUCGUGGGAACUGAACAUGGUUUUGAAAAGUCACCGGGGCUUUUUUCUGAAGAAGCCAGCACGAGCACUCCAAGGGCCGGCACCGGGGCCAUGGCCGAGACUGAGACUGAGACUGAGACUGAGCACGAGCAUGAGCGUGAGACUCCAUCCAUCGACAUCAAGAACAGCACCGAUUCAACCAAGUUGUCGCAGGAGCAGUCGCGCGCUUCGCGGGUCUCGCUCAACUCCACUGCAACCGUUGAAAACAUACACAUCUUCAAAAAGACUUUUGAGCUGAUAUUGGCCAGCAAAGAGGCCAAGAAGAACGAAAGACUCAAGGGUCUAGUCGAAAAGGCGCUCAAGUCCCUCAACGCUUCGGACGAGAGGAACCCUCAUGUCUUGUUUGAUGCGUUGAAAGCAUGCUGUGAAACACCAUCCGUCGAUAUCAAAUCCAAAGCCGUGGAUUUGUUUGCGAAAUUGUUUGACUACGGACAAUUUGACGAAGAUCUGGAAAAAGUAAAGCUCACCAACAAUUCGGUAGAUGUGAUUGCCGCGUGCUUUGAAGGGGAAGGAACAGAUCCCGAGUUGGAGCUUCAAGUCGCGAGAGCGUUGAUGCAUUCGAUCUUGUUGAUGCCCUGCCACGGCACUCCUUUGCUCCAGGCCAUCAGGGUCAUCUACAAUGUGUUUGUCUUUUCACUCAAUCCAAGAAACCAAGCUGUUGCGCAGGGGAUUGUGACCCAAGUCAUUGGUGCUGUUUUUCAAAGAGUUCUGGACUCGAAAGUCUCGAAAAGUCUCAAUUCUAGUUCCCUCAAUAUUGAAUUCACUGAACAACCGGAACCUUUGAGGGAGGGGGAAGAGAAAUUGACUUUGAAUCAACUCGAAAACAUCAACAAUUCUGAGAUUGAAUACGAGCGCGAGGGCGAAGCCGAGGACGAGACCCAGAUGGACGUAUCCAUUAAAGACGUCUUUAUUAUCGUCCGGGCGAUGGUGAAAAUAUCAACCAAGCCCCUAGAUUCGGCGACGAUAGAUAUGAAGUCCCAUUCCGUUCGAUCGAAACUUUUAUCUUUGCAUGUACUCCACACAGUUUUGAAACAGCAUAUCGACAUUUUCUUGAGCAAAGAAGCAGUCAUAAGAACCGGCAACGAGAAGGUGAGAUUGAUAGAUGCAUGCAGGCAGUAUAUCAGCUUUGCGUUAUCCAAAAAUGCCGCUUCGCCCUUGGCGCCUGUCUUUGAGCUUUCAUUAGAGAUAUUUUGGGUCAUAAUAUCGAAUUUGAGAUCUGAGUUCAAGAGGGAGAUUCCCGUGUUUUGGGAUGAGAUCUACUUCCCAGUUGCAGAAAUGAAGUCGUCGAGUGCACACCAAAAGAGAUACCUCUUGUCCAUCAUUGAAAGAUUGUGCAAUGACUCGAGAUGCGUCAUUGAGUUCUACCUCAAUUACGAUUGCGAUAGCAAUAUGCCCAAUAUCUGCGAAAAGAUCAUAGACUAUCUAACAAAACUUUCAUUGCAAAGAGUCGACGUGACUCCACAACAAAAGCACGCAUUCAUCGAUAACCGAAGGCAGGGCAUCUCUAUUUACGACGUGAGCAAGAUUUCAAAUUUGACAACCAACACCAUGUCUUCCAAGCCUCCCGAGCCUGAAAUUUACAAUUUGUUCCUGAUUGAGUACGCUUUGAAAAUGACUUCGAUCAGUUGUCUAGUUGCCUUUUUGCGCUCAAUGUAUUCGUGGGCUCAAAAGGGGUUGGUUACGACAAAAACACAGGCCACAUCUGAUACGCGCAACGGCUCCUUCUUGUCCUUGUCGAGGGACCGCUCGGACUCAAACAGCACGUCGGCUAAUCUCACCAGAAACGGAUCUUUUCUCAAUGGGGAAGAUCACGAGACAGAGAAGAUUGAGCAGUUUGAAAACCAAAAGCAACGCAAAAAGGCGUUGCUCGAAGGUAUCAAACAGUUUAACCAAAAGGCCAAAAAGGGCAUAUCCUAUUUGACUUCAAGCGGAUUCAUCAAGGAUGGCGACUCACCAGUAGAUAUUGCCAAAUUUUUACUUGAAACGGACGGCUUGGAUAAGGCCGUGAUUGGAGAAUAUCUCGGUGAAGGCGACGAGAAAAAUAUUGCCAUUAUGCAUGCCUUUGUGGAUCAAAUGGAGUUUGAAAACGCCGAGUUUGUGGAUGCUAUGAGACAAUUUUUGCAAUCGUUUAGACUUCCAGGUGAAGCGCAGAAAAUUGAUAGAUUUUUGUUGAAGUUUGCCGAACGAUACGUGAUGGGUAACCCUUCAGUUUUCGCAAACGCCGACACCGCGUACAUUUUAGGUUACUCGGUGAUUAUGUUAAACACCGACUUGCAUUCACCUCAAGUCAAGAAUAGAAUGACAUUCGACAGCUUUGUGAUGAACAACUCGGGAAUUGAUGACGGCAACGAUAUCCCUCGCGAACUCCUCAAGAAAAUUUACGACGAGAUUCUUCAUAACGAAAUCAAGCUACAAUCGGAGCAGCACGCGGCUCUCUUGGCGGGGGACUUGGCGGUGGUGACUCCAACCACCCCGAGUCUCGGCUUUUUUGGAGGUCGUGAUCUUGCUCGCGAAGCCUACCUCUAUGCCUCGAAUGAGAUGUCCACCAAAGCCGAGAGGCUCAUGAAAAGUUUGAGAAGCAAAGGCAGGGGAGAGGAACUGGAGACAAUGUAUUAUGCGGCAACCAGUGUUUUGCAUGUGAAGUCCAUAUUUGACACCAUGUGGAUGUCGAUCCUUGCCGGGUUGACUCCUCCUUUCAAAGAAUACGACGAGAGUUACGUGACCAAGGCGUGUCUAGAGGGGAUAAAGUUGUCCAUCCGGAUAGCAUGUAUGUUUGACUUGGAGUACGCUAGGGCCUCGUUUAUUGGAGCUUUGGUCCAAUUUCAAAACUUGAACCACUACGAAGAAAUGAGACCAAAGAAUGUUGAUGCCAUUCAAAUCAUGUUGGAUGUAGCUGUGUCUGAUGGCAGCCAUCUCGGUGAAGCUUGGAUACAAAUUUUAACUUCUAUUUCGCAGAUUGAGCGGUUGCAGUUGAUUGCCCAGGGGGUUGAUCAAGAUUCAAUCCCUGAUGUCACCGUUGCCAAGGUGAUCAACAGAGGUUCUAUGGAUAGCCUGAGAACCAGUUCCGCCAGUUUCUUUAGUUCAUUUUCGUCUCAAACACCGGCGCAGUCGGCUUCUAGCAAAUUUCAUAAUCAGCACUUGUCACCUGUUGUUGCAAGGCUUCUUUUGAAAACCGAAUUGGAAGUUGCCAUCGAUAAAGUAUUCACCAAUAGUGCAAAUCUUUCUGGUCCAAGCAUAGUGGAGUUUGUUAAGGCUUUAUCUAUUGUGACACGAGAAGAGGUUGAUUCUUCAGGGCAAAGCAGUAACCCAAGGACGUUUUCUUUGCAAAAAUUUGUCGACAUUUGUUACUACAAUAUGGACAGGAUUCGGUUGGAGUGGUCUCAGAUAUGGUCCGUUAUGGGCGAGACAUUCAACGAAUUGGGAUGCCACUCCAAUGCAUCGAUUCUGUUUUUCGCAUUGGACUCCUUGCGUCAAUUGUCGAUGAGGUUUUUGGAAAUUGAAGAGUUGGCUCAUUUCAAGUUCCAAAAAGAGUUUUUGAAGCCGUUUGAGUAUGCGAUUACCCACAACCAGUCACUAGAAGUCAAGGAAAUGGUGUUGGAGUGCAUGAACAACAUGAUAUUGGCACGUGCCAGCCAGAUCAGAUCCGGAUGGAAGACCAUCUUUAAUGUUUGCACUGCCGGCGCCAGAGAGCCGAAGGAGGCCUUGGUGACCAAGUCCUACAAGAUGGCCAUUUGGAUCAACAAGGAGUAUGCCGAGGAAGUCCGCCGACAAGACUCCUUUUCGGACCUUGUCGUGUGCUUUACCACGUUGGCAAAGAAUGAAAAGUUUCAAAGAAUAAGUUUGUUAUCGUUGGACGUUCUCUCGAGGUUGAUUUAUGAGAUUGCCCAGCUCAGUUUCCCCAAUGGCGAGGAUGAAGCUAUUGAUCCAGCCGAGAAGAAUGACCAAUUGCAAAAGCUUUGGUUCCCUGUGCUUUUUGGGUUCCAUGACAUAAUCAUGACUGGCGAAGAGUUGGAGGUGCGUUCCAAAGCGCUUCACAAUCUAUUUGCCUUGCUAAUGAAGUAUGGCAAACAUUUCAACCACGACUUUUGGGAUCUCAUCUAUCAUGACUUGUUGUUUCCGAUUUUCAAGAUUUUGAGCAACCACUGGGAGUUGAAUUUGGACGAUUUGAAUGACAAAUUGUCGGUGUGGUUGUCGACGACUCUCAUCCAAGCCUUAAAGAGCAUGAUCAAUUUGUUCACCUAUUACUUUGACGCAUUAAACCAUUUGUUAGGAGAUUACCUCAAGCUCAUCACUUCAUGUAUCUGUCAAGAAAACGACACCAUAGCGAGAAUUGGGCGUGAAUGCUUGACAUACUUGUUGGUUGACAAUGCGAAAAAUUUCCAAAAAGAGCACUGGAGUGAAAUCACAGAGGGGCUCGGUAGACUAUUUGAGCUCACAAAGGCAUCAGAGUUGUUCACGUUGGAUCCAGAACGGACCGCCAAUUCAAAGCACAAUGGCGGCGGCGGCGGCGACCAGUAUCUGGAUUUGAACCGCGAACUUGCCGAAAACCACCAGCAGCAAAUGUUGACGAGAGAAAAAUCCUCGAUCGUGGUCAAGAGUGUUUUGCAGUUGCUCUUGAUCCAAACCGUGUCGGAGUUGCUUGAAAAUGAAACUUUUUACGAGAUUGUGCCCAAUGAGUAUUUGAUGAAGUGGGCUCAGUUAUUGUUGAACUCCUACAAUUUUGCCAAAACCUUCAACGAUGACUACGAUUUAAGAGUGCGUUUAUGGAACGCGGGAGUGAUUGAAAGACUCCCCAAUUUGUUGAAGCAGGAGUCGUCGUCCUCGGCUGUUUUCAUCAACAUUAUGUUUAGAAUGUACUGCGACGACGUCAAGACAACUGCACAAGACAAGAAAGCCAUCUUGAGCUACCUCGAUCCGUUGUGCAGCUCCAUUACGGCUCGCUAUUGCGAGUUUGAUGAAACAAAUCAACAAAGAAACAUAAGCACAUGGAAACCUGUGAUUAUCGAAAUUUACCAAGGCUACGUCGAGUUGGACGAUGUCGAUUUCCAGCAGUACGGUCCGGUGAUGUACGACUUGAUUUUGAAAAUAUUCGACAAGAGCAUGUCCAAUGACUUGAGGUCGGCUGUGCGUGCGUUUUUGAAAAGGAUUGGAGUAGAGUUUGUUUAUAAGAAGUAA